AAAUCAUUAGGCUGAAAAACUUGACUAGUAAGAGUCAUUGAGCAGCUAAUAGCAAUAGUAAUAUAAGUAACAGGAACUAUAGCAGUAACAAUAACUAUAUAACGAUGUCAACAUCUAAACUAAGAAUUCUUGUUCCAGUGAAAAGGGUAAUUGACUUUGCCAUUAAACCUAGAAUUAAUAAGACUCAAACAGGAGUUGAAACUAAAGGAGUUAAAUUUAGUAUUAAUCCAUUCUGUGAUAUUGCUCUUGAAGAAUCUAUAAGAAUUAGAGAAGGUAAUAAAGAUUUAGUAGAAAAGAUUCAUGCUGUUUCUAUUGGACCAACUAAAGCUCAAGAUGUUUUACGAGUAGCUUUAGCAAAAGGUGCUGAUACAAGUACUUUAAUUGAUGUUGGAGAAGAAGAAGUUGAACCAUUAAGCGUUGCAAAAUUAUUACAAAAAGUGGUUGAAAAAGAGAAUUCAAAUUUGAUUAUAUUAGGUAAACAAGCCAUUGAUGAUGAUUCAAAUCAAACAGGACAAAUGCUUGCCGGAUUAUUAAAUUGGCCUCAAGCAACAAAUGCAUCUAAAGUUGAAAUAGAUGGUGAUAAUGUUACAGUAACUCGUGAAGUUGAUGGAGGUUCAGAUACUUUAAGAGCUAAAUUACCAUUAGUAAUUACUACUGAUUUAAGAUUAAAUGAUCCAAGAUAUGCUUCAUUACCAAAUGUUAUGAAAGCAAAGAAAAAACCCUUGGAAAAAUUAUCAGCUAGUGAUUUAGGUAUAGAAAUUACUAAAAGAUUAGAAACUUUAAAAGUCGAAGAACCUCCAGUUAGACAAGCCGGUGUUAAAGUAGAAUCUGUCGAUGAAUUGAUUUCAAAGUUAAAGGAUUUAAAGGCUAUAUGAACUAAUGACAAUCAAUCUCUAAUAUUUAAAUCUAUAUAAUUAAGUAUAUAUAAUUAAGUAUAUAUAUAUAAUCAAGAACUAGUAAUUUUUCACUACGCACUUUAA